CAGCGCGUUAUCACCCCCCCCCUUAUCGAUACCAAGGCUGUAAACAGGGCCAAGGGCACAGCACACGGCAGUGCCAACUUCGGGGCCCCCCCAUCCCCUCGAGGUGCCCGUCACCCCUACACCGACACCGCCACGGUGCCCGCCGCCCGCUGGCAUCCGUCCCCAGGGCUGGCGCGUGCCUGUUCCCCGGAGUCUGGCACCCGUGUGCCACCAGCACAGCGCCUUCGGGGCGCCUGAGUUCGCCCUGCGCCCGCCCGCCCUGUGUGCCCAGCCCUGCCCGUGGCGUGCGAGACGGGUGGCAGUGCCGCGGUGCCCGUAUCGCCCGCCGUUGCCUCUUAUCGGGGCCUCGGCCUCUUAUCGGGGCCGAUGCUUCUCCAAGGCUGCCUGGCGGCCCUGAACCUUCCUCGCAGCUUGGUGGGGCAGAGGACUCUGAGGCGGGCAUGGCAGCCCCGUUUCUGUUAACAGAAGCAGUUUUAGCGCCCGUGGGGCAGGCAGGGAGGCAAAUCCUGUUCCUCCUUGCCCUCGCUGACUGGGCACAUGCUGUGGGGCACGCUUCGGCACCCCGGGGUGCCUGCCGCUCCCUGUGCCAGGCAGGAUGGGUUUCCCACGGCUGGCACAGCCUCUCCGCCACCUCCUUGGGUGUUCCUGUGAACCCGCGGGGACGUCCCCGGUGGGUACAGCCUUGCCAAACCAUGUAGGCACGGUGCAAAACUCCCCGUCGGUGGUGACUCAGGGUGCCCACUCCCUCGGGCAGGGGAGCACCCAGGCGUCAGGGCACCUCCCCGUUGGGAUGCGCCGGCUGACAGUGCCGAUCGAUCCAGGUUAAUGAUCACAGCGCCUUUACAGCUCCGGCACCGGCUGAUUGGCCUCGGUGCUAUCAGGCCAGAAGACCUCACAGGUGGCAGCCGCCCAAGGGAUACGGGGUCUUAUAGGGGCCGGACGAAGCCGGCAGCACCCUUUUGCCCACAAUGGCAGCGUCCCCGGUGCUGGCCAGCGCGGUGCUUGGCACCAUCCUGGCGCUGGCCGCGCCGGAGCUGACGCCGAUCCACCGCGCUGGCUACUGCGCUUUCUACGACGAAUGCGGGCGCAACCCUGAGGUGAACGUCUCGCUGGUGUCCUCCAACGUGCCCUGCCUGUACAACCAGCCGGCGCGGCUGGCCACAGGCGCGGUGCUGCAGCUGCUGCGCUCCGUCUGCCCCGAGCUGGUGCGCGGGGACAACGAUACGUGGGUGUGCUGCACGCUGCGGCAGCUCACCGCCCUGCAGGUCAGCGUGGCCCUGUCCGGCACCGUGCUGGCCCGCUGCCCCUCCUGCUCCCGCAACUUCGCCAACCUCUACUGCAACAACAUCUGCAGCCCCAACCAGAGCCUCUUCACCAAUGUCACCCGCAUGGUCAACCGCACCACGGUGCUGGGGGUGCAGGAGGCCGUGGUGGAGUACCAGUGCUUCUACAGCCAGCGCUACGCCGACGCCGCCUUCGACUCCUGUAAGGGUGUGCGGCUUCCGGCCACAGGGGGCUACGCCAUCGAUACCAUGUGCGGCAUCUACGGCGCCCGGCUCUGCACCACGCAGCGCUGGCUCAAUUUCCAGGGCGACAAGAACAACGGGCUGGCCCCGCUGCAGAUCGACUUCCAGCUGGUGCCCAACGGCACGCAGCCCGGCGACGGCAUCGAGCCGCUGGACGAGCGGGCGUGGGGCUGCAGCGAGGCGCUCAGCUCCGACCAGCAGCCCUGCUCCUGCCAGGACUGCGCCGAAUCCUGCCCACCUGUGCCCGCGCCGCCCAGCCCUGCGCCGCCUUUCCGCUUGGGUGCCGCCGACGGCGCUUUGGUCAUCUGCGUGAUGCUCUUCGGCUUCUUUGCCCUCGUCUUCCUCACUGCCUUGAUGUGCCGCAGGAAGAAGAAGAAGGCGGCAGUGCCGGCUCCUCGUAGGGGCUGUGCGGUGCAGUUGGGCACCUGCAGCCACCACUUCCUGGCCAGUGUUUUCUGCCACUGGGGCACACUGGUGGCCGGGCACCCGCUGCCGGUGCUGGUGGUGGCGGUGGUGGUGGCGGCCGGGCUGUCAGCUGGGAUGGCGACCCUGCAGCUCACCACCGACCCCGUGGAGCUGUGGUCAGCGCCGGGCAGCCAGGCGCGGCAGGAGAAGGCGUUUUACGAUGAGCACUUCGGGCCCUUCCUGCGCACCUGCCAGGUGAUCGUGACAGCGCGGGACCAGCGCCCGGGGGCCACCUACGACUCGGUGGUGCUGGGCGCCAAGAACUUCAGCGGGGUGCUGUCAGCCGAGGUGCUGCAGGCGUUGCUGGAGCUGCAGGAUCAGCUGACGGGGGCGAGCGUCUGGGUGCAGGAGGAGGGCAGGGAGGUGACGCUGCAGGACGUCUGCUACGCGCCCCUCAACCCCUCUGGGCCCAGCCUGGCCGACUGCUGCAUCAACAGCGUGACGCAGUACUUCCAGAACAACCGCACCCGCCUGGCCAUGGUGGCCACCCAGACCGUGGGCAAGGAGACCGGCACCGUGGACUGGCACGAUCACCUCAUCUACUGCGUCAACUCCCCGCUCUCCUUCAAGGACAUCACGGCGCUGGAGCUGAGCUGCAUGGCCGAGUAUGGGGGGCCCGUCUUCCCCUACAUCGCACUCGGCGGCUACCCGGACUCCGAGUACACGCAGGCGGAGGCGCUCAUCAUCACCUACUCCCUCAACAACUUCCCGCGGAGCGACCCGCGGCACAAGUGGGUGCUGAGCUGGGAGCAGCGCUUCCUCGAGGUGGUCCGCGACUUCCAGCGCAACCACAGCCAGAACCUCUCCAUCUCCUUCAUGGCUGAGCGCUCGCUGGAGGACGAGAUCAACCGCACCACGGGCGAGGACAUCCCCGUCUUCGCUGUCAGCUACCUGGUGGUCUUCGCCUACAUCGCCCUGGCACUGGGCGAGUACACGGCCUGGCGCCGCGUGCUGGUAGAGUCAAAGGUGACGCUGGCAUUGGGCGGCAUCGCUGUGGUGCUGGGUGCCGUCUUCGCCUCCAUGGGCUUCCUGGCACUGCUGGGGCUGCCUUCGUCCCUCAUCAUCCUCGAGGUCGUGCCCUUCCUCGUCCUCGCCGUGGGUGCCGACAACAUCUUCAUCUUCGUGCAGGAGUACCAGCAGUCGCAGCGGGAGGCGGGCGAGACGCGGGAGCAGCACAUCGGGCGGGUGCUGGCGCAGGUGGCACCCAGCAUGCUGCUGUGCAGCCUCUCCGAGGUCAUCUGCUUCCUCCUGGGCGCCCUCUCCUCCAUGCCCGCUGUCCGCACCUUCGCCCUCACGGCCUCUGUGGCCAUCGCCUUCGACUUCCUCCUCCAGAUGUCGGGCUUCGUCGCCCUGCUGGCCCUUGAUGCCCGCCGGCAGGAGGCCGCCCGCUUCGACAUCUGCUGCUGCUGUGGGACAGAGAAGGAGGGUCCCACGGGGCCGGGCUUGCGGGUGCUGCGCCCCUUCCUGAGCCACUUCUACACCCCGCUGCUGCUGCACCGCCUGAUCCGGCCCCUGGUGGUGCUGCUCUUCCUCUUCUUCUCCUUCGCCGGGCUCUACCUCAUUCUGCAAGUGUCCGUGGGGUUGGACCAGGAGAUCGCCAUGCCUGAGGACUCCUACAUGCUGCAGUACUUCUCCGACAUGAACCAGUACCUGCCCGUGGGGGUACCCACCUACUUCGUCACCACCAGCGGCUACAACUUCUCCACGCCCGAGGGCACCAACGGCAUCUGCUCCAGCGCUGGCUGCGACGACAACUCGCUGACGCAGAUGAUCCAGUACGCCACGCGCUUUCCCAACGUGUCCUACCUUGCCAUCCCCGCCACUUCCUGGGUGGACGACUUCCUCGACUGGCUCAACCCCACCGGCCGCUGCUGCCGCAUCCACCUCUUUGGGAACCUCACCGGGCAGUUUUGCCCUUCCACCAGCAACGACAUCAGCUGCGCGUUGGGGCAAUGCCUGAAUGCCACGCGGCGGCCGACGGUGGAGGAGUUUGAGCGCUUCCUGCCCUGGUUCCUCCACGACCUCCCCACCCUGCAGUGCGCCAAGGGCGGCCUGGGUGCCUACGACACGGCGGUGAGCAUGGACGCCAACGGCACCAUUGUGGCCUCGCGGUUCAUGGCAUACCAGCGGCCGCUGCGGACCUCACAGGAGUACACGGCAGCGCUGCGGGCCGCCCGCGCCCUGGCUGAAAACAUCACCGGCACCCUGCGCCAGGUGCCCGGCACCGACCCCGAUUUCCGCGUCUUCCCCUACACGGUGACGUACGUGUACUACGAGCAGUACCUGACAGUGGUGGGCGAGGGCCUGUUCACGCUGGCACUGUGCCUGGUGCCCACCUUCCUCGUCUCCUUCGUGCUGCUGGGCAUGGACCUACGCUCCAGCGUCGCCACCCUCAUCACCAUCACCAUGAUCCUGCUGGACACCGUGGGCAUCAUGGCCCUCUGGGACAUCCCCUACAACGCUGUGGCCCUCAUCAACCUCGUGGCGGCCGUGGGCAUCUCGGUGGAGUUCGUGUCCCACCUCACCUGCGCCUUCGCCCACAGCACCAAGCCCACCCGCGUGGAGCGCGCCGCCGAGGCCACCAUCACCAUGGGCAGCAAGGUGGUGGCCGGGGUGGCCAUGACCAACCUGCCGGGCAUCGUGGUGCUGGCCUUCGCCAAGGCGCAGCUCAUCCAGAUCUUCUUCUUCCGCCUCAACCUCAUCAUCACCCUCGCCGGCCUGGCGCACGGCCUCGUCUUCCUCCCCGUCCUCCUCAGCUACAUGGGACCCAGUCCCCAGGCGACAUCGGGGGACAGCAAGGGCAGCGCAGGGCCAGACAUGGGGCUGGCCGUGGGCAACCCCUGCUUCGAGGGCUCGGUGCGCCAGCAGCGCUGAGCCCCCACCAUCCCCCGCUGUGCCCCAUCCUGCUGCUGCUUUUUAUACCACGGUCGUAUUUAAACUGGUUUUCUCAGAGCCAGUGACUGGGUUUAACUGGGCAGGGCAUGGGCACGCAGCAUACAGAAAAAUGCAUCGGCUUCUGCGGUGUCACCGCGUCUGUGCGGGGACGGGGACGGGCGCUCAGGGCA